AUGAAUGAGUCAUUUGGGGUUAAUUCGAAGCCAGAAGAGAUGAAUAAAUACAAGAAAUAUGAGGUUCACGAAGGAAUCAUAUUUUGUAUUGAGUUAUCUAAUGCCAUGUUUGAGAAACCAGCGGAUCUAAACAAGGUUCAGCUAAUUGAAAUUCUGGAAACCUUGUUAGAGCUCAUGUCUCAAGUAAUUAUAACGCUACCUGGAACGGGUAUUGGAUGUUUUUUCUUCCAGUGCAAUAACAAGAACGCUCGCCGAGGAAUCUACGAAUUUAUGCCCUUAGAAGACGUCAAUGCCAGAGCCAUGAAGAAACUAAACGAUUUGCUAGACGACAUAAGAUCCGGAAGCACUACACUCCACGAACAGUUCCCACUUGACCAGACACUCUCAACUCCUUUGGAAAGUGUGUUUAUUCUUUUGCAAGAAGAGUUUUUGAAGCAAGUCUCGGGUCAAAGAGCUUACAACAAUAAAAAGAUAUUUCUGUUCACCAACAACGACUCUCCCAAAGAGGCCGAGGACCUUGAUGCACGUUUGAGACUUCGUAAGGUGGUCGAUGACUUAGACGACUGUUACAUCAAUUUCACCACUUUCUUCUUGGGGAGCGAACAAAAGCCCUUUGACCAAAGUUUCUACAGCGAUGUUUUAAAAUUUGGUUCUAAAAAGAAGGUGUCGGAUACUGGAUAUGAGUUCGAAGGACCUAGUACAGCCCCAAUUUCGGCUAACUGGAUAAAAUCUCGCGCCUUACGCAAAAAAGAAAUUAAAAGAAUCCGUUUCCAGUGUCCACUGAUUCUAGAUGAAGCAAGUAACUUCCUAAUUUCCGUGAAGGGCUACACUGUGAUAGCUCAUGAAAGAGCCGGUACCAAGUACAAGCAAAUUUACGACCAUAACGGUCUUCGGAAGGAAGUACAGCCCCGACGCCGAUAUCUAAAUGCUAACACGGGCGAAGAUGUCACUCAUUCAUUGACCAGGGUCUAUAAAUUUGCUGAGGUAGAUAUAGAGCUAUCGGAGGAAGAAGUUACCAAAAUUAAUGAGCAAUUUUGUGAGCACCCUUCGUUCUUAAAGUUGAUAGGAUUCCGCCAUACUGCACAGUGUCUUUUCUUCUUCAAUAAUAUCUCCAAUAGCUCUUUUGUAGUUCCAGAUGAAAGUACUUAUGAGGGCUCCUAUAAGACACUCAGCUCCUUAUUUCGCACUCUCAGAAAGAAACAGAAGUCUGCAAUCGUUUGGGGUAAGUUGAAGUCGAAUUCAAAUCCAUCCAUUUAUGUGCUGAGCCCAUCCGACCCACAAGAUCAAAAUGAGGGCUUUUAUUUAACCAGAGUUCCAUUUGCGGACGAGACCCGAAAGUUCCCGUCUUUGACCAACCAUGAUAAAGUGCUGAGUGGUAAAGACUUCGAUCAGAUGUGUAAAAUUACAGAAACGCUCAUAAGUUAUUUCAACUUGCGUCGACCAUAUAAGCCUUCCGACUUCAGAAAUCCUACUCUUCAAAAGCAUUUCAAGCUACUUCGCGAAUACCUGCUGCAGAUCGAAAUAAAUAACAACUCUGAUCCAACGGAGCAAUUACUUCAAGAAGACGAUACAUUGGUUAAGCUCUACCAACUGAGAAAUAGAAUUCUAGAGUCUGCCGAGGCUGAAGAUCCGACUCGUUCAAGGUUGAGCAAUUAUGUCAAGGCUUGGAAUACUCUCUACAACAGAGAAUACAACGAGGAAUACGAUUACGACACAGAUAAAAUCAAAGCCACGAAAAAAGUGAAAUCGUCAAAAUAG